UUGACGGCGGGCUGGCGGCGCUGGUUGGUAGGCGAGGAGCGGGGUGUGAUGCGGCACUGCGGUUCUGAGGCCGUUACUCCGGCUCCUCCAGAGAGGGCGGAGGAGGAGGCUGGAGCGCGGUGGUGAUUUUGUGCCAGGGCUUCCCAGAGGCGCGCUGAAAAGGCUGGCAGGGCUCGGGAAACUGGGGGGUUAGGGACACACAUUCAAGCCCCCACCCCCGGGAGGGGAAGGGGGCAGGCGGCAAGGCUCAGGGUCGGCGAAAGGAUGGUGUGUGCUCGAGGGGAAGGGGCGAGCCCUGCCUGUCGUUGGUGAGGGGCUGCGGGCUGGGGAGGCUCUGAGGGUCAAAGCGGCUCCAUGCCCACUGGUGGGUGGAACGUGUUGAGGAGAACGCGGAGGUCGAGCCUGGCGGCAGCAAAGAACCUUUAACAUAGUAUCUAACGUGAGAUUUCAUUUAUCCCACACUGGGAUUAAUUCAUUGGGGGCAGCCUCGCAGGUCUGGCUCCUCCAGGAGCUGGGCAACCUUGACGGGCUUUUUGUCUUGCUGCUCCAGCCCCUUCUCCCUUCCUCCUCCUCCAGAUGCCUUUUCUCUGCCCCUCCUCGCCCGGUACAGACAUUUCCAGCGCAGGCUACCGCUCGUGGUUGCUAUCGAAUCCGCUUACCAGGAUUUCAGCUCGGUUCCCCCUGGGGUGUUUUUUGAGGUGGGAGAGUUUUUCUCCUCUCCACGAUGGGAUUUUCAUCCUAUGCCAAAAUGGACUUUAAUUGAUUUCUACUUACUUUAGCGUUUAGUGACCAAUUCCUUAGGCUUAUUUUUGUGAUAGUUCCUUUUUUCAAGUACAUUAUCUGUAAAAUGGAGAACGAGAUUUUUACUCCCCUUCUGGAGCAGUUCAUGACCAGUCCCUUGGUCACUUGGGUUAAAACGUUUGGACCUCUGGCUGCAGGAAAUGUGACCAACCUGGACGAAUAUGUGGCUUUGGUGGAUGGGGUAUUCUUGAACCAAGUUAUGCUCCAAAUUAAUCCUAAAUCGGAGAGUCAGAGAGUAAAUAAAAAAGUCAACAAUGAUGCCUCACUUAGAAUUCAUAAUCUGUCAAUAUUGGUGAGACAGAUAAAAUUUUAUUACCAGGAGACUUUGCAGCAGUUGAUCAUGAUGUCAUUGCCAAAUGUCUUGAUCAUUGGCAAAAAUCCCUUUUCUGAACAAGGCACAGAAGAAGUUAAAAAGUUGCUUUUACUUUUAUUGGGUUGUGCAGUUCAGUGUCAGAAAAAAGAAGAAUUUAUUGAAAGAAUUCAAAGUUUAGAUUUUGAUACAAAAGCAGCAGUUGCCGCACAUAUUCAAGAGGUAACUCAUAAUCAGGAAAAUGUGUUUGAUUUACAAUGGAUGGAUGUCACUGACAUGUCUCAGGAGGAAAUAGAACCACUCUUGAAAAAUAUGGUAUUGCAUCUAAAAAGACUUAUAGAUGAGAGAGAUGAACAUUCAGAGACUAUCAUAGAGCUCUCUGAAGAACGAGAUGGUCUUCAUUUUCUACCCCAUGCCUCUUCAUCUGCACAGUCACCUUGUGGUUCUCCAGGCAUGAAGCGAACAGAAAGUCGACAACAUCUGUCAGUGGAACUUGCAGACGCUAAGGCCAAGAUACGAAGGCUUAGGCAGGAAUUGGAGGAAAAGACUGAACAGUUGUUGGACUGUAAGCAAGAACUUGAGCAAAUGGAAAUAGAACUAAAAAGGCUGCAACAAGAGAACAUGAAUUUGCUUUCGGAUGCUCGUUCUGCAAGAAUGUACCGAGAUGAAUUAGAUGCACUUCGGGAGAAGGCAAUCAGAGUUGAUAAGCUUGAAAGUGAAGUCAGCAGAUAUAAAGAGAGGCUACAUGAUAUUGAAUUUUAUAAGGCAAGAGUUGAGGAAUUAAAAGAAGACAAUCAAGUUUUGUUAGAAACAAAAACCAUGUUGGAAGACCAACUAGAAGGAACUCGAGCCCGUUCUGAUAAGUUACAUGAAUUAGAAAAAGAGAAUUUACAGCUGAAGGCUAAACUUCAUGAUAUGGAAAUGGAACGUGAUAUGGAUAGAAAAAAGAUUGAAGAAUUAAUGGAAGAAAAUAUGACUUUGGAAAUGGCACAGAAACAAAGUAUGGAUGAAUCAUUACAUCUUGGUUGGGAGCUGGAACAAAUAUCCAGAACUAGUGAACUUUCUGAAGCACCACAAAAAUCCUUGGGCCAUGAGGUAAAUGAAUUGACAUCAAGCAGGUUAUUGAAGUUGGAGAUGGAAAAUCAGAGUUUGACAAAAACUGUAGAAGAGCUUCGGAGUACUAUGGAUUCUGCGGAGGGGAACACUUCCAAAAUCCUGAAAAUUGAAAAAGAAAAUCAGAGACUAAGUAAAAAGGUUGAAAUUCUCGAAAAUGAGAUUAUUCAAGAAAAGCAAAGUCUUCAGAAUUGUCAGAAUUUAAGCAAGGAUCUAAUGAAGGAGAAAGCUCAGCUUGAAAAAACAAUUGAAACACUGAGAGAAAAUUCAGAGAGACAGAUUAAAAUAUUAGAACAGGAAAAUGAACAUCUGAAUCAAACUGUGUCCUCCUUAAGGCAGCGCUCUCAGAUAAGUGCUGAAGCAAGGGUGAAAGACAUUGAAAAGGAAAAUAAAAUUCUGCACGAAUCUAUCAAAGAAACAAGUAGCAAGCUAAGCAAGAUUGAAUUUGAAAAAAGACAAAUUAGAAAAGAAUUGGAACAUUAUAAAGAAAAAGGAGAACGAGCAGAAGAACUUGAAAAUGAGUUGCAUCAUCUUGAAAAGGAAAAUGAAUUGUUACAGAAAAAGAUAACCAAUUUAAAAAUUACUUGUGAAAAAGUUGAGGCCUUAGAACAAGAAAAUUCAGAGCUAGAAAGGGAAAAUAGGAAAUUUAAAAAAACAUUGGAUAGCUUUAAAAACCUUACUUUUCAGUUAGAAUCCCUAGAAAAAGAGAAUUCCCAGCUUGAUGAGGAAAACUUAGAGUUGCGAAGAAAUGUGGAAUCUUUGAAGUGUGCAAGCAUGAAAAUGGCUCAGCUCCAACUAGAAAAUAAAGAAUUAGAAAGUGAAAAAGAACAACUUAAGAAAGGUUUAGAGCUCAUGAAAGCAUCUUUCAAGAAAACAGAACGCCUGGAAGUUAGCUACCAGGGUUUAGAUACAGAAAAUCAAAGGCUACAGAAAGCUCUAGAAAACAGCAAUAAAAAAAUUCAGCAACUGGAAAGUGAACUACAAGAUUUAGAGAUGGAAAAUCAAACAUUGCAAAAAAACCUAGAAGAGUUAAAAAUAUCUAGCAAAAGACUUGAACAGCUAGAAAAAGAAAACAAAUCGUUAGAGCAAGAGACUUCUCAGCUGGAAAAGGAUAAGAAACAACUGGAGAAGGAAAAUAAGAGACUCCGACAGCAAGCAGAAAUAAAAGAUACCACAUUAGAAGAAAAUAAUGUGAAAAUUGGAAAUUUAGAAAAAGAAAACAAAGCCCUUUUCAAAGAGAUUGGUAUUUAUAAAGAAUCCUGCAUUCGUCUAAAGGAAUUAGAGAAAGAAAAUAAGGAGCUUGUGAAAAGAGCAACUAUUGAUAUAAAAACUUUGGUUACAUUACGAGAGGAUUUGGUCAGUGAAAAAUUGAAGACUCAACAAAUGAAUAAUGAUCUUGAAAAAUUAACUCAUGAGCUUGAGAAGAUAGGGUUAAAUAAAGAGCGACUCUUACAUGAUGAGCAAAGUACUGAUGACAGGUACAAACUUUUGGAAUCAAAAUUAGAAUCUACUCUAAAGAAGUCCCUUGAAAUAAAAGAAGAAAAAAUUGCUGCCUUAGAAGCUCGAUUAGAAGAAUCCACAAAUUAUAACCAGCAAUUGCGCCAAGAACUUAAAACAGUGAAAAAGAAUUAUGAAGCUCUCAAACAGAGGCAGGAUGAGGAAAGAAUGGUACAGAGCUCUCCUCCAACUUCUGGUGAAGAUAACAAAUGGGAGCGAGAAAGUCAAGAAACGACUAGAGAGCUUCUGAAAGUUAAAGACAGAUUAAUUGAAGUUGAAAGAAAUAAUGCAACACUGCAAGCAGAGAAGCAAGCACUGAAAACUCAACUGAAGCAACUUGAGACGCAGAACAAUAACUUGCAGGCUCAGAUUCUUGCACUUCAGAGACAGACAGUAUCAUUACAGGAGCAGAAUACUACUCUUCAAACACAGAAUGCCAAGCUUCAGGUUGAAAAUUCCACUCUUAAUUCCCAAAGUACCUCACUUAUGAACCAGAAUGCACAACUCCUAAUCCAGCAGUCUUCCUUAGAAAAUGAAAAUGAAUCUGUAAUCAAAGAGCGAGAAGAUCUGAAAUCUCUCUAUGAUUCUCUGAUCAAAGAUCAUGAAAAGCUGGAACUUUUGCAUGAACGGCAGGCUUCAGAGUAUGAGUCUCUCAUUGCUAAACAUGGAACUCUAAAGUCUGCCCACAAAAACCUUGAAGUGGAACAUAAAGACCUUGAAGAUCGUUACAAUCAGUUAUUAAAACAGAAAGGACAAUUGGAAGAUUUGGAAAAAACACUCAAAGUAGAACAGGAAAAAAUGCUGCUUAAAAGCAAAAACCAUGAGACUGUAGCUGCUGAAUACAAGAAACUUUGUGGUGAAAAUGAUAGGUUGAAUCAUACAUAUAACCAGCUUUUAAAAGAGACUGAAGUUUUACAAACUGACCAUAAAAACUUGAAAAGUCUUCUAAAUAAUUCCAAACUGGAACAAACAAGAUUAGAAGCUGAAUUUUCAAAGUUAAAGGAACAGUACCAACAGUUGGACAUCACAUCCACCAAGCUAAAUAACCAGUGUGAGUUACUAAGCCAACUUAAAGGAAAUUUAGAAGAAGAAAAUCGACAUCUACUAGAUCAAAUUCAGACAUUAAUGCUACAGAACAGAACACUAUUGGAGCAGAAUAUGGAAAGCAAGGAUCUCUUUCAUGUUGAACAAAGACAGUACAUUGAUAAGUUAAAUGAAUUAAGACGACAAAAGGAGAAAUUAGAAGAGAAAAUUAUGGAUCAAUACAAAUUUUAUGACCCAUCUCCUCCGAGAAGGAGAGGCAACUGGAUUACUCUAAAAAUGAGAAAAUUGAUAAAGUCUAAGAAAGAUGUUAAUCGAGAACGACAGAAAUCACUGACAUUAACACCAACCCGCUCAGAUUCCAGUGAAGGAUUUCUUCAACUCCCCCAUCAAGACAGUCAAGAUAGUUCUUCAGUAGGUUCAAAUUCUUUAGAAGAUGGCCAAACUUUGGGGACCAAGAAAAGCAGCAUGGUUGCACUGAAAAGACUGCCCUUUUUGAGGAACAGACCGAAGGAUAAAGACAAAAUGAAGGCCUGCUACCGUCGUUCCAUGUCCAUGAAUGACCUGGUGCAGUCCAUGGUCCUAGCAGGAGGACAGUGGACAGGUAGUACUGAGAAUUUGGAGGUUCCUGAUGAUAUUUCAACGGGUAAAAGGAGAAAAGAAUUGGGAGCUAUGGCCUUCUCUACUACAGCCAUCAACUUUUCAGCUGUCAACUCUUCUACAGGCUUCAGAUCCAAGCAGUUGGUUAAUAAUAAAGAUACUACAUCCUUUGAAGACGUAAGUCCACAAGGUAUUAGUGAUGAUUCUAGUACGGGAUCAAGAGUUCAUGCUUCGAGACCAGCCAGCCUUGAUAGUGGCAGAACAUCCACUAGCAAUAGCAAUAAUAAUGCUUCACUCCAUGAAGUCAAAGCAGGUGCAGUUAAUAUCCAAAGCAGGCCACAAAGCCACAGCAGUGGAGAAUUUAGCCUGCUUCAUGAGCAUGAAGCCUGGUCCAGCAGUGGUAGCAGUCCAAUCCAGUACUUGAAAAGACAAACCAGAUCAAGUCCAGUGCUCCAGCACAAAACACUAGAGAGUCGAGCACAUCGCAAGAUCAAAACUGGUUCCCCUGGAAGUGAAGUUGUUACUCUACAACAGUUUUUGGAAGAAAGCAACAAGCUUACCUCAAUACAGAUAAAGCCCUCAAGUCAAGAGAAUCUUUUAGAUGAAGUAAUGAAAAGUUUGUCUGUAUCUUCUGACUUUCUGGGAAAAAACAAACCAGUUAGCUGUGGUCUGGCCAGGUCAGUAAGUGGAAAAACUCCUGGAGACUUCUAUGACAGACGGACAACUAAGCCUGAACAGUUUGUGAGACCUGGUCCUCAAAAGACUGAAGAUACCUAUUUCAUUAGUUCUUCAGGAAAGUCUACACUAGGCACUCAAGGAAAGAUAAAGUUAGUAAAAGAAACUUCUCUGUCACGACAAUCAAAAGAUAGUAAUCCUUAUGCCACUUUACCUCGUGCAAGCAGUGUGAUCUCUACUGCCGAAGGAACUACUCGAAGGACAAGCAUCCAUGAUUUUUUGACAAAAGAUAGUAGACUACCUAUGUCAGUUGAUUCACCACCAGCUACUGCUGAUAGCAGCAUCACUGCAGCAUCUAGUGAGUACCAUUUAUACCCGUGGUCCUCUCAUACACUUCACGGUCCAGCAUAUCCUGUAGGUUCUCAAGCACAAAAUGAUUUAGGUACAGACAAGCCCAAGUCUCCAUAUGCCCAGACCAGAAACUUAAGAGCAGAAAGGUCAUAUUUUCUAAACCAAACUUUUGCCACUAGUAAUAUGUUUAAUGAUGCACUUGGAAUAUCAGCUAAAGACAGCUUAGAGUCCUUUACUGUGGCUUAUCCAUCUCAGCCAUUUUUAUCUCUAAAUACAGAAUUAGUCAGUAACAUAAGUGGGUUGCCUCCCAGAUCAGUCACCAGAGUAAUUGACCAGGCUUCUGCUUCUUUGGAUAAAGCUGUAUGGAAAAAUAAUGAGCAGUUUUAUGAUAGUCAGAACUGUAGUAAUAGUAACUCACAGUCUUCUGUAGAUAGCAGUGAUCUUACCACUCCUGCAUGUCUCUAUCCUAAGGACACAGAAACCGCAUUGUUGGUUUCUGAGGAUAAUCAAACUGUUUGGUAUGAGUAUGGUUGUGUAUGAUAAAAAUUGCACAAAAUGUGUAUGAUGUCAUUUCAUAUGCCCUAUGCUUCUCUAAUCUGAUUGGAAGAGCUGCUGUUGGAAAGUAACAUUUGGCUAGAUUUAUAUUUUUAUUUUUAAAUUGUGGCAUAGUGUUCAGAUGUAUAUUGUGGCAUGUAUAUAAAUGAGACUGUGUAACCACAAGAAAGCUUGCAUGAAAUAUUAACUGCAUUGUACAUUUUCUGCAUGAUUUUAAAAACCUUAACAAUA